AUGGCAAAGGAGAGUAAGCAGGGCCUUUCAUGUCCUCCAAAGAGUCUGCGCGGCUUCCUGCCACGUGGUGAUCUCCCUGGAGCCAAACAGCCCACGCCCCUCAACUUGAACAGAUACGCGCUGCUCUUGCUCUAUGUACUCCAGACUUUUAUGACAGGAUGUGUUUACUUCGGGUGGGCUCCGCUUUCCGCAAUGCUCCUGCGGGCAGGAGUGUUCAGUUUCAAGUGCGAAUCGGACGGGAAGGGGGGCUUUGUGGAGGACCAGCGGGAGUUCGGGAACAACUACAUAUGUGACCAGCAAGAUGCCUCCGUGCAGAGUUUAUUCGUCAUAACGCUGGCCACUCACUGCACAAUGAGUGCGCUGGCGGGCACCAUGAUGGACACACUCGGCCCGAAGAUCACCUCCGUGAUCGGCCAGUGCUUCCACAUAAUCGCGUGGGCCCUGAUAUCCACAGUGACGGCGGAGUCGUACGCGCGCGUGUACUUGGGUUUUAUUUUCAUGGGGCUGGGGGCAGACACAGCUUUCCUUCCCACUUUGCUGGUCACUCGCCUGUUUCCGGGCUCCGCGGCCACGGUGAUCACGCUGAUUGGGUCUGCGUCUUCUGCCUCUUUCGCCAUUCCCUUGAUAUUGAAUUCCUACUUGACUGGCGGGGGCAUUUCGGGGUGCUGGUGGUACGUGGGCUUCGGCCCCUGUCUGUUCCUGGCGGUGGACGCCCUCGUAAUGCCGCUCAAGGCAUUCAAAGUCUUCGAGGGCGACUUGCCAGAAAACACAGAGUCCAGCGAGGCUGGCGAGCCGGCGGGGCCUCCCUUGUCCACGCAGGAAACGGGAGAGCUUGGCUUGGAGGCAGUUUCCGUGGCGCCGGCUGAGCCGAAGAGCCCCCAGCAAGCUGUGGGAACGCUUUCGAAACGCAGUUUCCUGAAAACCAUGUUUUCAGAGCGCUACAUUCUCAUCGUUAUAUACUUCGUUGCUGUUGGAUGGAUCACUUCCUUUUAUCAAGAAGCCCACGACCGGAUUCUGGAACAGACUGCACUGGAGUUUCUGGGCAGCGCUCUGCCGUUCUCGUUCAUUCCUUGCAUCAUUUUGGGCAAGCUGUCGGAAAGUAUUGGCAUUUUGGCAGUUAUGGGAAUAGUUAACACUUCAGGUGUGCUGGCGUACGCAUUCAGCUUGAAACAGACGGUGGCCACCGGCAUUAUUUCUGUGCUCUGCUUCAUGGUGUACAUGUCUUUGUUCGUUUCCCAAGUUUUCGUGUUCGUGGAGGAGAACUUUCCAGCAAAGUUCUUCGGCCGUCUCAUCGGCAUUGUGCAGCUCGUUGGGGGGCUGUUAUCUCUUCUGUGCAGCCCGCUGUUCCACUUGACAGUUGGCCUUGGCCAGAAAGGGCUGUACGUCGUGCAGCUUCCAAUGAUUGGUCUUUUGCUCUCCAUGUAUUUAGUGCUCGCUCGUUUGUGGUGGAUUCGCGGGAAAUCGCCAGAGACGAGCAAGGAAACACAAAACCCUGUGCCCUCAACGGAUUCUUUUGCUCUCGAGCCCUGA